AUGGUAUCCAUUGCGCGCGAACUUCUUAGACGACAAUAUAUAGAACUGACGAAGAGCAGUAGCUGCAUUUUCUCUGUGGGACUAGAAAACGAUGACCUUUUUCACUGGCGUAUAUGCUUCCAGGGACCACAUGGAACGCCAUUUGAGGGGGGGAUAUUCACGGUCAUGAUGACGUUCCCGGAGACCUUCCCAAAUGACCCUCCGAAAAUGAAAUUUGAACAGAAGAUGUGGCAUCCAAACAUAUACCCAGAUGGAAGGGUGUGUAUAUCAAUCUUGCAUGGAGCAAAUGACGAUAUAUACAACGAACAUGAACCCUCGGAUGAGAGAUGGAGACCGGUACUAAGUGUAGAAAGCAUAGUUCUCAGUGUUAUAUCGAUGCUCACAGAGCCAAAUGUAGAGUCACCAGCAAAUGUAGAUGCCGCUGUGGAACUCAAAAGAGACCCGCUUAGCUACAAGAAACGUGUACAGUUGUACGCUAGGAACACAGUCACAUGA